GGCACCGUCAGGUCCCAGCACCCUCUGAGUUAAGAUAGGAUAUAGCCACAAUGAAGUUCUCUGUGGUUCUCGCAUUGGUUGUGCUGGCAAUUGCCCAGGGCACUGAGUCCAGAACACUUGUGAAACGUGAGGCGGAACUUGAGAAGAUCACCAAAUUUUUUGAGGACCUCAGUGCCACCAUUACCACCACCACCAAUGACCUUGUGGAGAGACUGAAGGCCCAGGAACUCUCCGCCAAUGCCGAGCUUUUCCUUCAGGAGGCAAGAGGUUACAUCCAAGAGCAGCUGACUCCCAUCGCCACCGCCGUUGAAGAGCAGAUGCAGCCAGUCAUCGCGUCCGUGGAGGACCUCCUGAACAAGAUCGCCGACCAGGCCAAGGUCCUGAUCGAGUCCGUCGAGACCCAGAUCACUCCCCUCAUCGAGGCCCACGUUAAGCCUCUGUCCGAAUCCGUGGAGGCCCAGGUCAGGCCUGUGCUGGAUUCAGCUGAGGCCCACAUCCAGUCCCUCGUCGAGUCCGCAGAGGCCCAAAUGAAGCCUGUGAUAGAGUCCGCCGAGGCCCAGAUCAUGCCCCUGGUUGAGUCUGUUCAGGCUCAGCUAGAGACCCUGGUCAAUCAGCUUGUGGAUCAGACCAGGGCCCUGCUUCCCCCUCAGUAAAAAACAACAUGUAUUUAUAUAGCGCAGCAUCACAACUAUGAAGUUGACUCAAAGCGCUUUCAAAAUACAUACGACACACAUGCUUAUUUCUACAUACACCAGCUCUGGAGGCUGCCGUACAGGUUCUACUUAUCUGAAAGUCGUUAUCAAAUGCUAAGGUUGCAAGGGAGGGGUCUUGUAUGCCUACACAGCUUCAACUUGAGGUUGCACUGUCCCUUUCUCCCAUAGUCUCUCCUGUAUUGCCUUAUUAGCUUGGCAGGUAUGCUGUUACUGUACAAAACCAAAGCAGUCCAUUGUUUAAAAGCACUGUGCCAUUUAUGUGCAACCCACUUGUAUCUACUGCUUUAUUCAAUAAACAAAGAUUUGAAAUAA